AUGAAUGUGAUAAAGUUUUCUUCAAAAAAGCAUCUUCCUUAUGCAAUUUUUAGUCGUUGUCGAACUUCAUGCCGCAGAUAUGGUUUCUUCACUAUGCGGGUCCAUUAUAAUGGAUUUAUAGCCAAGUCACCUGGAAGAUUGUACAGAGGUGGAUAUGUUACCGCCAUGCAAAAAUGCAAUGCAGAUUACUGGUCAAAAAUAGAAGUGGAUGCAUUUCUUCAUGAGGAUAUGAAAAUUCCUGAGCAUGGUUUGGUUGAUCUGUUUGUGGUGCACCCAAAUGAAGACGGUGAACUUUCUGAUGAUGAAGAUGACCCGGUUGAUAGUCAGCUUACACGGGAAGUUCUCACCCCACGUAUGGUAAAUAAGCUUCUAAAUGGUCCAUGGCCAAAACCAAGACAAAAGAUGGCUGCUGUUAAGACGAAGAAAAAUAAGAAACUGAGUGCAAAAAAGAAGAACAAUAUUGGUUCUGGUCCUGAUGUACAGAUUUUGGAGAGAGACGUUGAAGAAAUUAGAUCAGACAAAGAGUCCAAGUGUGCUGGUGAUGAAAAAAGAGUUGAGGUGAACAUUGUUUAUGAAAAAACAUACAACAGUGAAAGUGAUGCAACAGCAACAGAGCAGGCAAAACCUGGUUCAGAUAAAGAGUGCAACAGUGAAGGACUUAAAGCAGCAGCUGAGGUCAACACUUGUUCAAAUAAACAACGCAACACUUCUGAAGAAGCAGUGCAGACAGCAACUGGUUCAAUCAGGGCAAAAGAGGUAGAGCCAAAUGGAAAUGCUGAAUUCCAUGACAGUGACUAUGACCUGGAUACAAAAGAGGAAGAAAUUAUCAUUAAAGAGAGGGCAAAAGUUUGUGAUGAGAUUUUAAAGGAACCUGAGUUCAAACUACUACCUGAAUUUGUUGCAUAUGAUGAAGAGUUGGAGAGUUCUGGUGAGUCCGAAGAACUUCUCAGUGGUGAAGAAACUGAGUGUGAAUCUGAUGGAACACAAAGACUAAUGUUUAGAAGGCCUAAAAAGUGUUACUGGAAUGUUUCCCGCCUCAACAAGAAACAUAGUUGUGGUGAUAGGGAUCACAACCAUGGGUAUGCUAGUUCAAAGUAUCUUGCAAGACUGUUCAUGGAGGAUAUUCGUAUAUGUCCCCAGACAACGGUGACUCAACUGCAGGAGAAACUUAAUACGAAGAUCAAUAUGAAGAAUCUGGAAAAAUUAAAGGAGAGAACAGGUGAGUGCUGGGCAGUGGAUGCUGGAGAAUGGAAUUAUCAAUGUUCAGAAUGCGGCCUUGAAGGACAUAACAAGAGGCAGUGUACUGGUGGAGCUGUUCCAUCUGAGCAGUCUAAGAAGAGGAAGAAGAUACCCAAUACCAAGGGCCAGCCUAAAAAGAAGGCAAAAAGGACUGUUCAAUGUCAAUUGUGUAAGAAAACUGGACAUUAUCGGACAACAUGUACAACCACCAUUGCUGAUAUGUACAGUAGAGAACCAAAUGAAAAUAUGCCACCCACAGAAGAUGCAGCUGGUAAUCAGGAUUCGGAAGAUGCAACAAUCCCACCCAAAGCAGAUUAG